CCCAAAAACAUAUUUCUAGCAGCUCCCACAUCCAGUCAUCCAGUCUGGGCUUGAGGUUGAAUCAAGACCAUGAAGUGUCUGCUGCUUCUCGCCUUCAUUGGGGUGGCUGUUGCCUUCCCCACCUUUGCUGAAGAUGAUGAUGACAAGAUUGUGGGAGGCUACACCUGUGCAAAGAACGCUGUGCCCUAUCAGGUGUCCCUGAAUUCUGGAUAUCACUUCUGUGGAGGCUCCCUCAUCAGCAGCCAGUGGGUCCUGUCGGCUGCUCACUGCUACAAAUCUCGCAUCCAAGUGCAGCUCGGGAAACACAACCUGGAACUCACCGAAUCCACCCAGCAGUUUAUCAACUCUGCUAAAGUCAUCCGCCACUCUGGCUACAGCCCCUACACCCUGGACAAUGACAUCAUGCUCAUCAAGCUGUCCACCCCAGCCCAGCUCAACAAUGCUGUCCAGACCAUUCCUCUGCCCUCCAGCUGCGCGGCCGCCGGCACCACCUGCCUGAUCUCCGGCUGGGGCAACACUCUCAGCAGUGGCUCUAACUACCCAGACCAGCUGCAGUGCCUGAAGGCUCCAAUCCUCCCUGCUGCCGACUGCUCUGAAGCCUACCCUGGGCAAAUUACCAAGAACAUGAUUUGUGUGGGAUUCCUGGAGGGAGGCAAAGACUCCUGCCAGGGAGAUUCCGGCGGUCCCGUGGUCUGCAAUGGACAGCUCCAAGGCAUUGUUUCCUGGGGUAUUGGAUGUGCCCAGAGGGGCUAUCCCGGAGUUUACACCAAGGUUUGCAACUACGUCUCCUGGAUCCAGUCCACCAUCGCCGCCAACUGAGACGCUCAUGUGGUGUGACCUGUAUUUUCUCAUCAUCAUUCCUGUUCUUUUGGAUUUGGACAAGCAAAAAACUAUGAAAAAAUUAAUAAAGACUUUCAGGCACCCCUA